AUGGACGCGAAGUGUACUCAGCUCCUGCCUUCUGUCUGUACUGUUCUGGCAGAUCCACGGCAGCCAGUCUGCGAUGAUACCUGCCUAGAGAAGUUGCUGGAUUGGUUUCAGUCUUUGACCAGCACUGGAUCUAGCUUGCUACUCUUAGAGGAAAAUCCAUGCUUGACGGAGCUGAUCCUUACUGUACUGAGACAGGAGGCGCCAAAUCCCACAAUCCUUUCCUUCGUCCUGAGACUGACGGGGUUAAUGGCUGCCUCGGAAAGCUGUUUCCAGCACCUACAGCAGAGGGAAACCGUGCAGGCGGCCUUUGGAGAAGCCGGGCCUCUCAGCGCCUCCUUGUGGGAAGACACCUCUGUGCGCAGUGGCUGGGUGCAAGGCGCUCACCACAUGCUGCGCCACCCCAGCGCUUUCCAGUUGUUAUGCAGCUCUGGUGCCUUGGACACGAUCUUCACCCUGCAGGGAGACCGCAGCUUAUUCGUCGCCUCGGCGGCCAAUCAGCUUCUUGCGCACAUGCUCAUCUUCUCCGUGCAGUCGGGACGUUCUCGUCCUCUUGGCACGGAUGACUGUGAGUGGCCCCCAUGUGCUCGAAGGAUCGUGGCCCGCCUCGAGGAGUCUCUCUGUUCCUGCUCCGCCUCCCGCGCCAACCAGUCCUUGAAGCUGUUAACGACGGUGUUUGAACAAAACCAGGAGGCGUGGACCGAAGUCCUCUGGUCACGGAUAGCUGGAGCAAUUGAGUCCCUUCUGGAGGAGGGGUCGGCCCAGGUGGGACACGCGCUGGUGGACCUAGUUCUGAGCAUGGCGAGAUCUCCUGCGUUUAACUGUCCCGAAGGCAGCCUCUGGAAAUUCGUCACGCUUACUCUGAAAUGCCUACAACCGAUUCCGGCUGGUCUCCUGGCUCUGGGACUCCUGAAACUCGAGGAAUGCCCCCAGGCUGUUAGGUCUCAAGGUCUGUGCAUGCUGCUCCGGCCAAUGGACUGCGUGGCAAGAGCCGCCUCUCAUUCCUCGGAGCUCUUGGGUUUCCUGGAUGGGCCCCUUCCUGAGGCUGUCUCUGUGGAACCUCUUCUGUCCUCACGGUCUUCGUGCAUCAGUCUUCUAUGCCAGUCUCUGGCGCAACUCGAGGAGAUCCAGCACCUGGCCAGCCUGCCCAUGGAUUUCCCCCACAAUCCUUUGCUGCUCUCCACGGUGGCCGUGUUACAGAUCUGCGCCGGCCUCGCUGAGCCGACCACCUCCCUGGGGGCUACCGUCAGCAGGAUCCUAAUCGGUUGUUCCCGAGUUCAGCGGGCUGCGGUUCAUCUCCUCGGAGCCCUCUCUCGGUGGGCAGAUUGUGAUGUGGCCGCGGAAGAGAUCUUCAACAUCCUUCUCAUCUACCUGCAAAGUCCUGACACCAGCCCUACAGUUCUGAAGAAGGCUUUCCAAGCGACGUUGAAAUGGUGUCUGGGCUUCUCGGAAACAUCUGGCUCCACCGGUGGCUUGCUGCGGUACAAGCAGUUUCUCAAAGAUAUGAUGCCAGUGUUACAGAAACGCAUGUGCAGCCCCAGCUGGGAAGUCCGGGACUCUGCCCUGGAGUUUUUCAUCUUGGCGACGAAGCACUUGAAAGGGCAGGAGUGGUUCUGGCGAGCGCUGUCCGCCUCGGAGGUGCUGGCGCUCGCCGAAGGCCUUCUGGACGACCCGGAGAGCUACGUGCGAGCCAGCGCUGCAAAAGCUUUGGGCCAGUUCUCCUUGAUCGCCAGCACCACCCUGAAGGUGCCCGGCCUUGAACAUAACUGGAGUUGUGAUGAGGGCAGCGUCGCCACUCGCUUGCUGGAAAUCUUGUCAGGAGACUCCGAGGGCUUCCCCCGCAGAGCUGUGGUCGGCGUCUUCAUUGACUGGCUCCGGGAAGGGCACCAAGCCGUCCGGAACGACCCCGAACACUUUGUUUCCAGGGUGAUCCAAAUGGUCAAGGGAGACUUGGACUGGGAAGUCAAGGUCAGCGGCUUGGAACUGGCAGGAGCUUUCACGGCCCAGUCCUUUGGUCGCUUUGGCUUUGCCCAGUGCCCCUAUGCCGCUGCCAGCAUCUCUUCUGCCAGCCAGCCUCCCCGUCUACCUGAACUGCUGCAAGCCUUCUGCCGAGUGAAGCUGUUUGACUUCCUCUUCGGAGCCCUGGACGACUGCGACAGGCUGGUGGCGCUGAAAGCCUGCGAGAUCCUUACGGCUGUGAAACUGAAGAUCUGCGCAGGCUGCUGCCUGAAUGAAGGGCAGAGGCUGGAACUGCAAGGUAACUUGUCGCUGGCUGAGACCUGGAGGAUGGCAGCGCCCUGCGUGUCAGGGCUUCCUGGGGGAGAUUCUUCAGAAACGGUUUCCCGAAAUCCAAAGGACGUGCUUCUGAUCUUAGAGGCGGUAGACCUGGAUGAGCUGCAGAAAGCUCUGGACCAAAGCAGCGACCACCUGGAGAAAAGCCCCCAGUCUCUUUUGCAGGACAUCCUCUCUGCAGGUGGGGCUCUGGAAGAGAACGAGGCCGACUGCUACUGA